CGCGCGGGAGCGGUCACAUGACCACAGCGGCUGCCUGUACAGUAAGAACCCAAUAUGGCAGCGGCGUUAGCAGUGGCAACAGCAGUAGGACCGGCCGCCCCAUAGACCUCCCCCCCCCCACCGCCCCACUGCGCGCCUCCGCUGCCGCUCCUCGGCUGAGUUGCUUCUCCGGUCCGACUUUCCCUUUCUCCCACCUUUUCCCGGCACCGCGGGAAAAGCAGUGCAGGGCGCAGCAGGCAAGGGAAGGCAGCCGGAGCCGGGGCACGGAAGCCUCCGAGUCAGUUCAAGACCCGACAUGAGGGAAAAGGGCCGUAGGAAGAAGGGCAGGACCUGGGCGGAGGCCGCCAAGACGGUCUUAGAAAAAUACCCUAAUACACCUAUGAGUCAUAAAGAAAUUCUUCAAGUUAUCCAGAGAGAAGGGUUAAAGGAAAUCAGAAGCGGGACUUCCCCUCUUGCAUGCUUAAAUGCAAUGCUGCACACAAACUCCCGAGGUGAAGAGGGAAUCUUCUAUAAAGUCCCAGGUAGAAUGGGAGUGUAUACUUUGAAGAAAGAUGUGCCAGAUGGAGUGAAAGAACUGUCAGAAGGUUCAGAAGAAAGCAGUGAUGGUCAGUCAGAUUCUCAGAGCUCUGAGAACAGCAGCAGCAGUGAUGGUGGCAGCAACAAAGAGGGGAGAAAGAGCAGGUGGAAGAGGAAAGUAUCAUCUAGACUGUCACAGCCAUCCUCUCCCCAGUCGGGCUGCCCAUCACCCACCAUUCCAGCAAGUAAAGUCAUUUCUCCAUCACAGAAGCACAGCAAGAAGGCGUUAAAGCAGGCCCUGAAGCAGCAACAACAGAAGAAGCAGCAGCAGCAGCAAUGCAGGUCAAGCAUGUCCAUCUCCAAUCAACACCUCUCUCUCAAGACUGUCAAAGCAGCCAGUGAUUCUCUACCUGCCAAACCCGCUCUAUGGGAAGGAAAGCAAUCUGAUGGACAGUCAAGCAGUCCCCAGAACUCAAACUCCAGCUUUUCUCCCUCAGUGAAAGUGGACAGUUCUCUUCUAGGCUUGGGGAAGAAGUCUUUCCAGAGGUCUGACAGACUUCACACAAGACAAAUGAAAAGGACUAAAUGUGCUGACAUUGAUGUUGAGACCCCCGACUCCAUUCUGGUUAAUACUAAUCUUCGCGCACUAAUUAACAAGCACACCUUUUCACUUCUUCCUGGAGAUUGCCAGCAGCGCCUGCUUUUACUGCUUCCAGAGGUGGAUCGACAGGUUGGUCCAGAUGGGCUGAUGAAAUUAAAUGGCUCAGCCCUUAACAAUGAGUUCUUCACCUCUGCAGCUCAGGGCUGGAAGGAAAGACUCUCAGAAGGUGAAUUUACUCCUGAAAUGCAGGUGAGAAUUCGUCAAGAGAUUGAGAAGGAAAAGAAGGUAGAGCCAUGGAAGGAACAAUUCUUUGAAAGCUACUAUGGUCAGAGUUCUGGCUUAAGCCUUGAAGAUUCACAGAAACUGACAGCUUCCCCUAGUGAUUCCAAAGUAAAGAAAAGCCCUGCUGAGGAACCAAAAUCCAUAUUUCCUUCAGAGGCCUCUCCUGCCGGAAACUUCCCAAUAGUUCCCCAUUCAGAGUGUAAAGAAGAAGCAGUGCAAAUACCAUCACCAUUCAGAAAAGAAGUAGAAAACCAAGAGGAGGCACAGCCAAAUUCUGCAUCCCCAGAACCCAUCCUUGCGUCAGCCAGCAAUACAAAUGAGCUUAUCACCAUGACGUCCGUCAAGUGCCCUAAACAUGAGGGACUCUUAGAGCAGAAGCAUGUUGUCUGUGCUGAACAAGAGUCUGAGAAAGAAAAUCAAGCCACCACAACUUCUAAUUAUAACAAAAGCGAGAACCAAGAAGCUACAUCCCCAAGCAAAUCUAAAACUUCUGGGUUAGAAAAGCCUAUAACAAAGCCUGUGGCAGAAGCUGGUCCACUGGACCCAGAUGUAAAGAUAUCUCCAAAGUCUCUUGCUGAUCAGAUCCCAGAAAGUCUGAAAAGGAAAUCUUCUCUUACCCAAGAAGAGGCUGCUAGCAGCUGGGAGAAAAGACUACGUAUCACUGAAAACCACCAUCACCAUCACCAGCAGCCAUUUCAGGUCUCGCCACAGCCCUUUCUUAAUAGAGGGGACAGGGUACAGGUGCGAAAAGUACCACCUCUCAAGAUCCCGGUCUCCAGAAUCUCCCCGAUGCUGUUUUCUACAUCGCAGGUCUCUCCCAGGGCUCGUUUUCCAAUCUCCAUCACUAGUCCUUACAGAACAGGAGCCAGAACUCUUGCAGACAUCAAAGCAAAAGCCCAGUUGGUCAAAGCACAGAGGGCAGCAGCCGCAGCAGCCGCUGCAGCUGCUGCAGCCGCCUCAGUUGGAGGGACCAUUCCAGGACCUGGCCCCGGGGGUGGACACAGUCCAAGAGAGGGUGGCGAAAGGAAAACUGGUGCAGGAGGGAGUCCAGGCUCAGACAGAGUCAGCACAACUGGAAAGGGUCCCACACUGGAGCUGGCAGGAACUGGAAGCAGGGGAGGUAUGCGAGAGCUUUUACCCUGUGGUCCCCAGCCUGAGACCCAUACACCAGGCCAGUCCCAGCCUCCUGGUGUCUCUGGAGCACAAUUACAGCAAACCUCCUCAGUGCCUACAGCACAUACCAUCAGUGGAGCAUGCACAAGCCUCCCAUUACCAGCCCACAUAGAGAAACUAAACAGUGGGAAACUGAACCCCCACCAGGCAACAGCCACAGCGGCCUCUCCUUGCCACUCACAAGACCUGAGUAGUUACAGACAGGAAAAAGCUCCUUCUCCAGAAGGGCCUGCUCUCAUCUCAACGGCUUCACCUGUUUGUUUUGUAGCUGAUGGCACAGUUGAACACAAAGCAGGUUCUAAUAAGAAUGCACCGAAGCCUUCAGCCUCAGCAAAGGUAGCUGCUUCUGCUCGACUGGAUAUGACUUCCCCCUCUGCAACAUCCUUAUUGACAACAGCCAGUUUAGAAAAACUCUCUGUACCCCCAGUCAGUGGAACUGCAGCAUCUACUGGAUCAGCUUCAUCCUCAAGCACCUUGCCAGCAGCUUCUAGCCUUAAAUCCCCAGGAACUUCUGCAAAUAUGAACGGACCCAUUUCAAGACCAAGUUCUAGUAUCCCUGCUAAUAACCCUUUAGUUACUCAGCUGCUCCAGGGCAAAGAUGUUCCCAUGGAGCAAAUUCUGCCUAAACCUCUCACCAAAGUUGAAAUGAAAACAGUCCCACUGACUACGAAAGAGGAGAAGUGGGUAGGAGCAUUCCCUGGUUCCAGUGUGAUGGAAGGCAGCACCAGAGAGGAAGUUAAUGGCAGGCAGGCCUAUCUGGCUCUCCAGCAGCUGGGGAAACCCUUGCAGAGUAAGCAGCUUCCCCAGGUCCCAAGGCCAGUCUUCGAAGCUAAGGACUCUUGCAGUGACACUCACCAGUACCCAGAAGGACUAAGUAAAACAACUCAAGAUCAGCUUUUUCAGACUCUCAUCCAGAGGACUCAGAGACAGAGCGUUCUCUCAUUUGUGCCACCCUCUCAGUUCAACUUUGCUCACUCAGGUUUCCAAUUGGAAGACAUAUCCACAAGGCAGAAAUUUAUGCUGGGCUUUGCUGGCAGGAGGACAUCCAAGCCUGCAAUGGCAGGUCACUAUUUACUUAAUAUUUCCACCUAUGGCCGGGUGUCAGAGAGUGUUAGGAGGACCCAUUCUGUAAAUCCUGAGGAACCAUUUUGUCUAAGUAGCCCCACUGAAAACUUGAGAAUGGGCUAUGCAGAUUGUAAAAACACAACUGGAGACAGCAGCAGCAGCAGCAAAGACGAUGAAACUGAUGAAGAGAGUGUGGGAGAUGAGAAAGAGCCUGUGUCAGUGAAGGAGGAGCCCUGGGCUUCUCAGAGUUCUGGCAAGCAUCUCCACAGUGGGGAAACUCCAUCCACCAUUGAUUGUUUAGCUAGCAAGAAUGGUAAGGCUGAGGCACCGAUGAGUGAGCAAACCACUGCAGGCAAGGAGAAUUGCAUAUUCUCUAGAGGCCAAACAUUUGAUGAAAAGACCCUACCCAGAGAUUUUAUUCAGGCAGCACAUAAACAAAUGGCUCACGGUGUGAGAGGUAAGACAGUAUGUAGCAGCCCCGAAAUUUUCAAUUCUACUGCUCUUUCUCUCCCUGCAGACAGUCCCACACACCAGCCUCUGCUCCUUCCACCACUGCAAACCCCCAAAUUGUAUGGAAGCCCCACACAGAUAGGGCCAAGCUAUAGAGGCAUGAUCAAUGUCUCCGCCUCAUCAGACAUGGACCAUAGCUCUGCUCCACCAGGUAGUCAGGUAUCUAGCAAUGUUGGGGAUGUUAUGUCAUUUUCAGUGACUGUCACGACUAUCCCUGCUAGCCAAGCUAUGAAUCCCAGCAGCCACAGCCAGACACUUCCUGUUCAGGCCUUUCCUGAUGAGAACAGCAUUGAGGACGCGCCUUCGAAAUGUUACUGCCGGUUGAAAGCCAUGAUCAUGUGCAAGGGAUGUGGAGCUUUCUGUCAUGAUGAUUGCAUUGGGCCCUCCAAACUGUGUGUAUCCUGCCUCGUCGUCCGAUAAUAAGACUACAGCAAAUGUAAAGGAGGGAAGGGGGGGAGGCUUAACAAGACGUAUUCUUGCACCCUUUUGAAAUCACAGAAAUAAAGUUUGAGUUGUCUCAAGAGACAUUAAUCAGGAAUGCAGAAUACAGGUCUUCAGGUUGACAGGAAGCGCACCUUGUAUAGUAAGUGUGAGUCAAGGAGGACUAUGAAUCGGUGACAAGUUUGCACUUAAAAAAUCAUGUAAAUAUGUCACAUUUUGUUUUAACAUUGUUUUCCAAGAGUUUAGGUAAUGAUGUGUUAACUGCACAUUCAGAUUUAUGUUCCAUUUCUUUUGACUCUGAAAAUAGUUGAGUGGUAUGCAUGGUGAAAGGAAACUCUCUGCCUCUGACCCUUCCUAGGGUGGGGAAAGGGAGAAUGGUCAGGAAGUGACCAUCAUGCUGAUUAUGUCUUCACAGGCUGACUGCAGGUUCUCCACAGAUAACAUGCCUUUGUGGGGUUUAGAUUGGGGGUUUACUCAUCCCUUUACAAGUGGAACCAUUUCAAGUGGGGUUUUUAAAAGAUAGUCACAUCCCAGUGUUUUUGAUCCUGACAGUCCAGACUUAGCUUUUGCCUUCCAUGAAUCAGUACUGUUGUCAAGCAGAGUGUUUCCUAAAAGUCCGUGAAUGUUAUUUAAGAAGGGUCCGCCUCCAAGGGACUCCUCUAUUAGCCUAAUCUGUGCAUGGCAUUAGUUCCAGCAAUAAUACAUCCUGAUUCUGCAUCAUUCAUGGGCUCCCACAAACAGGUCUGAAAUAAAACGCACACAAGCAUUAGUGAUUGGGGUAUGUGUGUGUGAGAGAGAGCGAGAACUGUGUGUCUUGUUGGCAAAGGAAUGAAACUCAGGACUUUGGAAGAGUGAUUUUAACACUGGACACAAUAUUUUCCUUUCCUAUUCUAUCUCAAACAAUUCCAGGUAGAAACACCCUUUGGUGGUAACCUCUUUUCUGCUUUGACAUCCCAGGCAUGAGAUGACGAUGCAGUGGUCUUUGCCAUCCUACCACACCACAUGUUUGCACUCAUACAGAGAAAGAAGACAGUUUGCUGUUUCUUCUAGUCUAGAAUUUCUGCUGUCUGGACAGCAAGGAUUCCUGAUGUGAAAGGGCGUUAUGAGUGACUGAUCAAAUACCUGGCUGUGGAAUUUCAGGGUAUUUUUUCUUUUUGAUUAUUAUUUUUAAAAUCCUUUUCCCAGCACCCUGGAUUCAGGGGCGUACUGAUCUCUAUG